UAUUUAACCCAACUAUUGAUGAAAAAUUACCACAUGGCUGGCUUAAAAUGAACCCAAAAUAGGUUGGAGAUUAAAAAUCAGACUCAUAAUUACUAGAGGCAACAAUAAUAAUAAUCAAAAGGUGAACAUUUAUUAAUAAGCAAUUUAAUAAAUGUUUAUUGUUUAAUUAUUAUUCAUUAAACUUAUUAAUAAAUGUUAAUUUAUUAAACAUAUUUAUAAAUGUUAAUUAAUUAAUAAAGUUUGAGCUCUGUAAGAGUGAGUGUUGCACCUUUGUUCAGCUUAAAUGUUAAUUUCCAACAUACUUUGGGUUCAUUUUAAGCCAGCAACACAGUACAUUUAAACAAUAUUUGAGUUAAAACAACCCAGCAGAUUGGGCAAACAUUUAACCCAACUGCUGGGUUAAAACAACCCAAUCCCUGGGUUAAAACAACCCAAUCCCUGGGUUAAAACAAUUCAUUCACUGGGUUAAAAAAACCCAAUCGCUGGGUUAAAACAACCCAAUCGCUGGGUUAAAACAGCCCAAUCGCUGGGUUAAAACAACCCAGUCGCUGGGUUAAAACAGCCCAAUCGCUGGGUUAAAGCAAUUCAUUCACUGGGUUAAAACAACCCAAUCGCUAGGUUAAAAAAACCCAGUGGCUGGGUUAAAACAACCCAUUCACUGGGUUAAAACAACCCAAUCACUGGGUUAAAACAACCCAAUCGCUGGGUUAAAACAAUUCAUUCACUGGGUUAAAACAACCCAAUCGCUGGGUUAAAACAACCCAAUCACUGGGUUAAAAGAAUCCAAUCGCUGGGUUAAAACAACCCAUUCGCUGGGUUAAAACAACCCAAUCACUGGGUUAAAAGAAUCCAAUCGCUGGGUUAAAACAAUUCAUUCACUGGGUUAAAACAACCCAAUCGCUAGGUUAAAAAAACCCAGUGGCUGGGUUAAAACAACCCAUUCACUGGGUUAAAACAACCCAAUCACUGGGUUAAAAGAAUCCAAUCGCUGGGUUAAAACAACCCAAUCGCUGGGUUAAAACAAUUCAUUCACUGGGUUAAAACAACCCAUUCGCUGGGUUAAAACAACCCAAUCACUGGGUUAAAAGAAUCCAAUCGCUGGGUUAAAAGAAUUCAUUCACUGGGUUAAAACAACCCAUUCACUGGGUUAAAACAUCCCAAUCGCUGGGUUAAAACAACCCAAUCACUGGGUUAAAACAACCCAAUCACUGGGUUAAAACAACCCAAUCGCUGGGUUAAAAGAAUCCAAUCGCUGGGUUAAAACAACCCAAUCGCUGGGUUAAAACAAUUCAUUCACUGGGUUAAAACAACCCAUUCGCUGGGUUAAAACAACCCAAUCACUGGGUUAAAAGAAUCCAAUCGCUGGGUUAAAACAAUUCAUUCACUGGGUUAAAACAGCCCAAUUACUGGGUUAAAACAACCCAAUCGCUAGGUUAAAACAGCCCAAUCGCUGGGUUAAAAAAACCUAGUGGCUGGGUUAAAACAACCUAUUCACUGGGUUAAAACAUCCCAAUUUCUGGGUUAAAACAGCCCAAUCACUGGGUUAAAACAACCCAAUCACUGGGUUAAAAGAAUCCAUUCACUGGGUUAAAACAACCCAAUCGCUGGGUUAAAACAGCCCAGUCGCUGGGUUAAAACAGUCCAAUCACUGGGUUAAAACAACCCAAUCCCAGGGUUAAAACAACCCAAUAGCUGGGUUAAAACAAUUUAAUCACUGGGUUAAAACAACCCAAUCACUGGGUUAAAACAAUACAUUCACUGGGUUAAAACAACCCAAUGGCUGGGUUAAAACAACCCAUUCACUGGGUUAAAAUAACCCAAUCGCUGGGUUAAAACAAUCCAAUCGCUGGGUUAAAAUAACCCAGUCGCUGGGUUAAAACAGCCCAAUCGCUGGGUUAAAACAACCCAAUCCCUGGGUUAAAAGAAUCCAUUCGCUGGGUUAAAACAAUUCAUUCACUGGGUUAAAACAAUCCAUUCACUGGGUUAAAACAGCCCAAUCGCUGGGUUAAAACAACCCAAUCCCUGGGUUAAAAGAAUCCAUUCGCUGGGUUAAAACAAUUCAUUCACUGGGUUAAAACAAUCCAUUCACUGGGUUAAAACAGCCCAAUCGCUGGGUUAAAACAGCCCAGUCGCUGGGUUAAAACAGUCCAAUCACUGGGUUAAAACAACCCAAUCCCAGGGUUAAAACAACCCAAUAGCUGGGUUAAAACAAUUUAAUCACUGGGUUAAAACAACCCAAUCGCUGGGUUAAAACAAUACAUUCACUGGGUUAAAACAACCCAAUGGCUGGGUUAAAACAACCCAUUCACUGGGUUAAAAUAACCCAAUCGCUGGGUUAAAACAUCCCAAUCGCUGGGCAAAUCGGUUUGUCCAUUUUCAACCCAGCUUGGUUGAAACAUUUUUUUAGAGUGUAUGUUACAAUUUUUUGCCAUUAGUAUUUCCUUUUUUUAAUCAAAUUCUUCCUUAAAUUUCAUUACAAGCAUGUUCACUUUUUAAAAACUUAUCCAAAAGGUGUUUACUAACAGGAAUGACCCGGGUUUUCAAACAAGUAGGCCUUAAUUGUGUGCAUGUGUUCCAGUUGGUGUAUAUUGUUUAUCUGAAAUCUGCACCAUUUCUAAAAUGUGCUCAUAAAUUAGCAAUGCUAAAGAACAGACUCAAAACAAUAUCCUGUGUUAGCAGGAUGCUAAUGUGAGUUGUCUAACACAGCCUUACUCAAUGAAGAGUAUUUUAAGUGUGUGUGGGUAAUUAGUUAGCGUAGACCAGGCCUGACGGUGGGCUUUAUCCUGAAGAGAUUUACGGAAGCGUUUUACAGUGUUGCUAAUCUUAUUAAGAGCAGCCAUGACAGAUGCGCAGAUUCAGUGUUAUGCUACCUGCUAGCAUCGAUCAAAGAAUCGCCGGCCAUUCAUGUUGUUGGACUACUGUUGCCGGUGCUGUGGGACCACUCUGAUCAAACGCCAUGGCCAGCUGCCAAUCAACAGCAAGAUCCAUGACACCUGGGUUGUUCUUCAAAACCUGUUGAUGUGUAUGGUGUGCUUCUACUCGGUGUACUAUAUUGUGGUCAGUCUCUGCAUCGGCAUUCUCAGGGUGGAGGAGGUUGACAGCUUGUUAGCGCCUUUUGACUACACGACUCAACCAUCAUGGCAAAGUCCGAAAUAUUUAGUGAGUGUGAUCUCCACAGAGGUGACGUACGUUCUGGGCGGUCUGAUAUUCGCGUGGAUCGUGGAGGAAUGGGUGUGGGACUACGCCAUCACUGUCACACUGCUGCACGUGGGACUGACCGUAGCCGUUAUGGCUGAUUUUCCCUCAACAGAGCACUGGUGGAUUGCUCUCGGCUCUGGGUUAUUGAUGAUGAUUUUUGGUGGACAACUCCUGGCUUACCGACUCUUCAGAAAUAAUUUUGUUCAUCCUGCAGAUCUUCAGAAUUUCUGACACACUGUGGAAUAUGUACAGGGAUGAAUAUUCUCGGUUUUGUACUGUAUUUUGUUUUUUACAUCAUGGUGUAGUUUGAAAUGGUUUUGUUAUUCCUAUACACAAUAUUUUGCAUUAUGGAUUUGUUUUGAAACUGCUGAUAAAAUAAUUCC